AUGUUCCGCAACGCCCUCCUCCGAUCCGCUCGAUGCGUCGCCCAACAGACUAGCGUGCGUGCCGCGCGCCCAGCUGUCCGCACCGCCUUGCGCAGCCCCUUCAUCACAUCCCGAGUGUCCGCGCCUGCGACUUCCAUAUCCGCAAUCCGGUGCUACGCUUCAUCGGCCGGUCUUGGGCAAGAGGAGGUCACUGGUCGCAUUCUCGAUCUGCUGAAGAACUUCGACAAGCUUUCUGCCAACGCGCACUUUACCAACGACCUCGGGCUGGACAGCUUGGACACCGUGGAGGUCGUGAUGGCGAUAGAAGAGGAGUUCAGCAUCGAGAUUCCAGACAAGGAGGCAGACGCCAUUCACAGCGUGAACCAAGCUGUCGACUACAUCAUGAAGCAGCCCGAUGGUACGAGAGGACCCUUACACGGCCAAUGA